AUGUGGUCCUCGCUAUCAACGUUGCUCGCGCUGCCUGUUCUGGGCCUCAUCUCUAUCCCACUUAUUCUCUCAGCAUGGGUUACAAUCUCAGCUGCGAUUUUCGCACUGGUAGUCAGACUAAUAGUAGUCUAUGUUGGGGUAGUAUACGGAUUGGUCGUGCAUUUCUUCUCUGUGCCAACCUCACCUACCUCGUCAUUAUUGACAUUCGCGGCCUCAGAACCUACAACUCCAGCUGCUGGUAGAUCAAGAAGAAACUCCAGCCAAACAACGAUACAUCCGCGAAAGACAAAUGACCUUUUCACUUCCUGGGCCGCGGGUAUUAGUCUGGACGACCCAGUAAGCCGCAAAAGGAACUUUUAUGCACGGAGCAUGAUCGAGGCCCACAACCUGCCUAUCCCCGUCUACGGCCUGCCAAUAAGCGGCGACGAAAGACGAGACUUCGAAGGAGUGGGUGGAUGGCGCUCGUACGGGGCAUCCAAAACACGCAGCUCACAUACUCCACACGAGAAAGCCACAAGCUCAACCUCGUCCUCUUCGACACAUAGCAUCGGCGACGUCGACCCAGACGCAGACAUCGACGCAGAUGAGCGAGCCUGGCUUUCUCUAAAUAACCGUCUCGAGCUCCCCUCACAUCUCAUCACGCUAUGCACAAGUGUUCACUCCGGGAGCACCAUAAACAGCCCCACGCAGCAAGCGGCGGGCCCACAGGGCAUCUAUCCCGAGAAGCAAAAAGACGGGUCAAGACAUCACCACCGCUCGCUCACGACUUCCUCGCUAACGACCUCUGACCGGCGCACAGGCACAGGGCUCUUCCUGGCGCUGUCAGCCAGGCCUGAUAAUGCCGCUGUUCAUUCGAGGGAGUACGGCCAACCGAUGUUGUCGUCAACGGCACGACUCACGGCCCCGUUCAUGACGCCGCAGCCAUAUGGGCGACUGGAUUCGAACUCGAACUCCCAGUCACGAGCUCUCCCGUGCACUUUCCCUGCUAGCCGUGCACCAUUCACAAGCUCCUAUCUCUCCAGCUCUGGGGAUGGGGUGGGUCACAGCUUCGGGAGCAAUGGUAGUGGCGGGAGCUUUGCUAACGGAGGUGGGGGUGGAUACUUUUCUUUGAGACGGCCUGGGUCCUCUGGUAGCCAAAUUCUCUCUGGAAGAGUUAGCCCUAGUGCUAGUAGUUAUAAUACCCCUGGGGUUGGUCUGUCGACUGAAGAGUGUGAUGCUUCAUCGGUGGGGCUAGCGCGCUUGAUGGCGCAUUAUCCCACUAGCCCUAGACAUCGGAGACAAAGUAUCUCUGGACCGAAUUCGAGGGGGCUAGCUGCCGGAGAUCGAGCUGGAUGA